AUGAAUACGGUGCGAGUUCUAUUGUCCUUAGCAGCUAAUUUAGAUUGGUCUCUCAAGAAAUUCGAUGUGAAGAAUGCCUUUCUACGUGGAGAUUUAGAAGAAGAAGUGUACAUAGACAUGCCACCUAGUUAUGAGUUGUCUAAUAAUGGUAGGAAGGUGUGUAGGCUUCGAAAGACCCUUUAUGGAUUGAAGCAGUCUUCAUGA